CGCCAUAAAAAAGGGAUUAUUGUGUGUCGUAGUGGCAAAAUAUUUGCCCAAGAAGAAAAAAAAAUAAUAAUGUAAGACAAACUUGAUAAAUAAUUUCAAUGCGGAUUAUGCGAUAAACUGUUACUCAAGUGUAAAUAAUUUCGCACGUGUUAAAUCACGUUAAUACGACAGCGUCUAGCUUAUAAAAAUAUAAUAAAAUGUAGAAAAUAAUUUAUUAUAUUCACCCCAAUAUGUAAUUUUAAGAGAGUCCCAUUGGUUUUUUAAUGCGAAAAAGUUGUUAAGCAACUAGCGAGAUCUCUUUGUGUAAAACUUUAACCAUUAUUCAUGACAAAAUACGGCUCGUGCUAGUUUGGCAUAUGGUAAGUGUAAUUUACGGAAAAAAAAGGAUAACUUCGUACAAUUGGAAUUUAAGAACUUUAUGCAAAUAUGACAUUUAAUAGUUAAAUAUCUUAAGAAAGUAAAAUAAACUGAAACAAAAAUAGACUAAUUAAAACUUGGCAAGCAAAAUAAAAUUUAAGGAAUACGGCAACUAAUAAGAGAAUCAUAGCUACGUUUCUCCAAGUGUAUUGUUAUAUUCUCAAUAACGUUAUUAAAUUACCGCUGAAUGACAAAAUGCUUCAAUAUAAGGAAAUCAAAAUAAAAUAGACAAAAUGUUGAGUGAAGGCAGUAACUGGAACAAGGUGAAUCAAUAAGAGAAUCAAUGGAAGCGCGUGGCUCUAAAGUCAAAUAACGACCCAAAAAAAAACCGGCUAAGGAACACAUAUAAAAGCUAGUCGAAAUACGGUGAAAAGCAGCGGAAGUAAGAAAACAACGAGACCAAAUCCAGUCCCCAGUGCAUUAAUUCAAUAAACCUAUUUAUCUGACUCUGCAAUUGGGAUUGAGGCUGGGACUUGAACUGGGAAUAGACACAUUUCGCAUAGAAUGCGAAAAACUUUGCCAGCCAAGAGAGCUGCGCACUGCAAUCAGAAACUGAGGCCAGCAACGUGCCGAACACUUGGAUACAAUGUUGCGGCGAUGCUGCCGCAAACGAGUCCCCAAUGGCGACAGUCGGCAGGCAAUGAGCGUACAAAAGAUGCUGUAAGUGUCAUUACUGCAAGGAACUGUGCCACGGGGACUGCCGAGACAGACAGCACGAGCAGCAGAGCCAGCCCAGUCAGCCCAGCCAGGACAAGCAGAAGUGACAGUGCCAGCAAGUUGACAACUGCAAAGAUGACAUUCGCAACAGUCGCUGGACAUCAGCAGCAGCAGCGGCAGAGGCAGCAGCAAAAGCAUCGGCGCCAAUUUGUACGCACGAGCAGGACGAUUACUUGGCAACACAUCUGGCUGGCAACCCGGCUUCUUAUAGUCCUGGCUGCUGUCAACUUGGGAACACACCUUGUCACCUGCGACUCAGCGUACGUCCAGGCAAUUGCCACAGAGCCGCAGCUAACGACAUACCCGAGAUCCACUCUGUCAGAUAGCCCAAUGACAGCACAAAACGAUCUAAUUACGACAGCCCGAAACUCAACAACAUUACUGAAAGCGAAAAAGCCAACAACCGCAACAGCAGCAACAACAACAGGAACAACAACAAGAACAACAACUACAACAGGAGGCAAUGGGAACGCGACCCUGGGCAUGUCAUCAACAGCAGCAACGAUAACAGCGACUACGAAUACGACUACAACUCCAGCAUCAACAGAAGCAGAAGCAAAAGCAGCAGCAGCGGCACCACCAACUAAGUCAGCACAAAUUAGUCUAACUACGCAGCCCACAACGGCGGCUAAAACACAAACAGCGGCUACGACAACGAGGAUGAUGGCGUUGAAGUCGACAUCGACGUCGACGUCGACGAUGCCAACAAUGUUCAUAUCAACAAUUUAUCCGGCAUCAACAAAACAACCCGCGACGCCUGCCACAGGCCAAAUAGUGACGCCGACAGCGGCGACGACGACGACGACGACGGAAGCGGAUGCCCACAACUCCAUUGAAACGGCAAUGUUAUUGCAAAUGGAGCAGGUGGAACAGAAGCACGACGCGAAUGGUGAGCAGGAGCAGGACGACGAGCAGCAGGCCGGGGAGGAGGUGGAGAGUGGAAUGUUGCAGAAUUCUCAUCCGGUGAACGCUGACUCACUGACUAAGGGUUUCUCCAUACCAACAUUUCUGCCGCCAUUUCCCGUGUUUGCAGCCGCAGAUUUGCCAGCUUACCGCGCUGCUGCAGAUGCCGCUGAGGCGGCCGCUGCCGCUGUAGCCGCAGAAGCAGCGGCAGCUGCAUCAACUCUGACACCGGAGACUGUCACAUUGUCACCGGAGCAGCAGCGCCAACAAAUGUUUAAUGAGCAGCAUUCGUACUUGGCCUCCCACAAUGGGGCACUGUUGCCGGGCCAGCAGCCGCUCCGAAAUCUGACAAUGCCCGUGCUAAACAUCACGGCGCAAAUGGGAAAUCACGCGUACAUGCCAUGUCAGAUUCAUCGCCUGUCUGACAAACCUGUCUCGUGGGUACGUUUGAGUGAUGGUCACAUUAUCAGCGUGGAUGAGUCUACCUUUAUUGGGGACGAGCGAUUCCAGUCGAUUUACCAGGAGCAUGGCGACUACACCUGGUCGCUGCAGAUUAAGUACGUGGAGACCAGCGAUGCUGGUUGGUACGAAUGCCAAAUGGCCACAGAACCCAAACUGAGUGCCAAAGUGCAUCUUGAAGUAAUUAGACCCAAGACUGAGCUUAUUGGCGAUCAGACCCGCUUUGUCAAAGCUGGCAGCAAGGUGGCGCUUCACUGCAUCGUGCGUGGCACGCUGGAUCCACCCAAAUAUAUCAUCUGGUUUCGCGGCCAGAAGAAAAUCAGCGAGAGUGACGAACGGAGCGGCUGGUAUACGCAGCUAGACCGCAACAUAUUUGGCACUGUUGGUGACAAUCAAAAUACUAUCGGCUCAUUAAUUAUACCGUUUGUGCGCAAAGAGGACUCGGGGAACUACACGUGCCAGCCAUCAAACAGCGUUUCUGUCUCCGUCGACCUGCAUGUCCUCAGCGGUGAAUAUUCCGCAUCGGCCAUCAUGUCCGGAGUGGCCGAGCGUACGAAGCGCAGCACGUUCCUGUUACUACUGCUUGUGUUGGUAUUGGUCCUGCGUCAGCCCCGACUGUGGCUGGGGGGGCGGGGGUGUACGGAUUGGCUGGUGGUCUCCAAGACGUUGCCUGUGACGUGACUCGCUUAUUGAGCGGCCAGUCCGGACUUCAAUUAUUUGUAAGCUUUUGCGCAAUGUGCAGUUAUGUAACUUAGGUUAGAGAUUAAUUAAAUGCGUCAUUGUAAAUAGCGGAGGCAAGGUUAAAAAGAAGCAGAGAAGGUACAACUUUCUAUAAUUAAGUUUAUCGUUAGCAAAUACCUGCAUACCACUGUGUAUGUACACACAUACAUAGGUGCGAUUGUGUAUGUUAUAGUUGUUAAGAUAAAUAAAUGAAGAAAAUCAAUUAAAAAAGUGAAAUACAAUUGCUGUCGGCAUUUUUCGACUGUGCAACAUACUCUGUUCCCGAUGUGCAACUGAUGAACAAUUUAGUUUAAAAAGUUGGAAACAUCCUUGAGGUGAUUUCGAAUACUGCCAUUUGCGAGACUGGAAGUGGGUCUGGCAUAAAAACCGAAUGAUAUCCGCCAUCCAAAUCAUAGCACUUUGUCUAACUAGAAUACAAACAAGUAAAGAAGCUUCAAGCUCUACAGGAGCAAGAGAAUAUUGCACACAACUAAGAUACUAGUUCUUAGAUUUGGAACAGAGUAUGCAAAUAAUAUAAUAAAACAUAUAUAUGAAUAAUGUAAUAUACCUUUAUACUAAGACAAACCAAUUUCUGAUGAAUAAAUCAAAAUCUAAGAGAUGUUGCCAUUUACAGUUGUGAACCAGAUCAAUAAUUAGAUUAUUGUAAUCCAAAUAAACUUAAAUCUGAAUAUUACAAAUACAAUUCAAUAAA